AUGCAAUAUAGAACCGCCACCCAAUGGGGUGUCUUUGAUGUCACCGUCUCUGAUGGUGUCAUUCAACGUGUAGACGGUAUUCAACAAGACCCUGAUCCCGCCGCCAUCGGGCAGACCCUGCUUGAUGGCGUCCAACACGCUUCCCGGAUUCAACGACCUGCUAUUCGUAAAGGCUGGCUCGCAGCUGCCCAUCGAAACCGCAAACUGCGCGGCAACGACAGCUUUGUUGAUGUCCCCUGGGACGAAGCGCUGGAUAUGGCUGCGCAGGAAAUCGCGCGGGUGAUUGCGGAAAAAGGCAACAAGUCGAUAUACGCUGGAUCUUAUGGUUGGGCAAGCGCAGGGCGCUUUCACCAUGCGCAAUCUCAAUUGCACAAGUUCAUUAAUCUGCUGGGUGGUUCAACCCGGGCGAUGAAUUCCUACAGCACCGCAGCGGCCCAGGUCAUUCUGCCUCACGUGGUUGCGCCCUGGUCUGAAAUUGAACUGCAGCAAACCAGUUGGGACGAGAUAGCUCAGGGCGCCGAACUGAUGGUCGCCUUUGGCGGCAUACCGUUGCGUAACACACAGGUGGCUUACGGUGGGAUCACAGAACAUCAGAGUCAGGGCGGCCUGCGCGGUGCGUUGGCGGCAGGCACCAAACUGGUGAACGUCUCUCCGGUAUCUCAUGACAUGCCCGCGUGGUCGCAAGCGCAGUGGGUGGCAGCCCGUCCAGGUACUGAUGUUGCGCUGAUGUUAGGUCUGGCUUACGUGCUGGAAGCGGAAAACCUGCUUGAUCGAACAUUUCUUGAGAGCCAUUGCCACGGCUAUGCAACAUUCUGUCGAUACCUUCUGGGCGAAGCAGAUGGCAUCGCAAAAUCCCCAGCAUGGGCGGCGCAGAUUUGUGGUGUGGACGCAGGGGUUAUUGAGCAGCUUGCGCGGGAAAUGGCGCAUAAAAAAACGUUUAUUACCGCGGCCUGGUCUCUGCAGCGGGCCCAUCAUGGCGAACAACCUUACUGGAUGCUGGUGGUGUUGGCUGCCAUGUUAGGUCAGAUUGGCCUGCCAGGCUGUGGGUUCGGAUUUGGUUAUGGCGCUGAAGGGUUUAUCGGAUCCAGCUGGCGACGAUUCAAUUGGGCAACGUUCAGUAAAGGCAUGAAUCCCACGCGUUUUGCGAUACCUGUUGCGCGCAUUACGGACAUGUUGCUGAAUCCGGGUGCUGAUGUGGAUUACGAUGGGCGCAAGAUCACCUACCCGGAGAUUGAUCUGAUCUACUGGGCAGGUGGUAAUCCAUUCCAUCAUCAUCAGGAUCUUAACCGUCUUGUUGAGGGCUGGCGCAAACCCAGUACGGUGAUUGUGAACGAGCCUUGGUGGACACCAACGGCGCAGUGGGCGGAUAUCGUAUUCCCGGCGACCACCGCACUUGAACGCGAGGACAUCUGUGCUUCAAGUCAUGACCCCUACGCGCAUGCCAUGCAGCAGGCAUUGCCUGUGCAGCAUGACGCCUGUUCGGACCACGAAAUAUUUGCAGGGCUUGCGGCUCGGCUCGACGUUGGGGAGGCGUUCGUGGAAGGGCGGAACGAGCAGGACUGGUUGCGCCAUAUGUGGGAAAAGUCUGCCGACAAGGCGCGCACGGAAGGGUUUGAACUACCUGAGUUCGAUGCGUUCUGGCGCAACAGGAUCUAUAAGAUUCCUGAGCAGUCCGCACGCAAAACCUGGCUCGCAGAUUUUCGAGCUGAUCCGCUUAACAAUCCGCUGAACACGCCCAGUGGCAAACUCGAAAUCUUUUCAGAUGCCAUUGCUGGGUUUGAUUAUGACGACUGUCCCGGCCACCCAACCUGGCUGGAACCCUUUGAGCGACUAGGUGGGCAUAACUCGGAAAAAUAUAAAUUGCACCUGCUGACGCCGCAGCCGGAAAAGAGAUUGCACAGUCAGAUGGAUCCCAGUGCACAUAGUCACAGCGGCAAGGUUGCUGGUAAAGAAGUGCUGCUCAUGCAUUCCACUACCGCUGCGGCUCGAAACAUUCGGCAAGGCGAUAUCGUGCGCAUUUAUAAUGACCGGGGUGCCUGUCUGGCGGCGGUUGGUUUCGAUGACAACCGACUGGCUGAUGUUGUUUCCCUGCCGACAGGUAGCUGGUUUAAACGUCUGGAUGACUUUACGGAUGCAAAUGGUAAUCCUAACGUGUUGACCGCCGAUGUAGGCACUUCAAAACUUGCUCAAGGGCCCAGUGCCAACACGUGUUUGGUUGAAGUUGAAGCCUACACACCCUAA